AUGAGGACUAGAAAAACAUUUGCAAUUCUCAGUGCAGGUUUAAUCCUUGCCUGCUGUAUUAUGAUAUAUUUAAUGAUGGAUUUAACACUUUUUCCACCUGGGCAAGGAUCAAAACUUUCUGUUAAUGAUAAUCAGUGGUUGCAUUUUGAAAACAGACUUGCAAAAUUAGAAAAAGAUUUUAAUAAGCAUCAUGAAGUUAUGAAUGCUUUGAGAGAAGUGGCUGAAGCAAAAAAUUUUGUACCCAUAGUGCAUUCUAUAAAUCGUCACAAUCAAUCUAUAUCAUCUAGUCCUUCUCAUUUAGGGAAAGUACUUAAAUGUAAUUUUAACAUACAGAAAAUUCCUGAAAUAGAUAUUCAAAUGUUAGAAAUGUACAGACAAUUAGAAUUUGACAAUGUGGAUGGUGGAGUUUGGAAACAAGGAUGGGAUAUUACAUAUGAUGACAAACAAUGGCAUCCAAAUAGAAAACUAAGAGUUUUUGUUGUUCCUCAUUCUCAUAAUGAUCCUGGUUGGCUUAAUACAUUUGAAAAAUAUUAUGCAUUUCAAACUCGAAAUAUAUUAAAUAAUAUGGUAACAAAAUUGACAGAAGACAGAAGACGCAAAUUUAUCUGGGCAGAAAUAUCAUUUUUUCAACGUUGGUGGGAAGAUCAGUCAAAAACAACUCAUAAUUUAGUUCGACGUUUAAUUCAUGAUGGUCAAUUAGAAAUAGUCUCAGGGGGAUGGGUCAUGCCAGAUGAAUCUGUUUCUCAUUGGAUGUCUCAGCUUACACAACUUACAGAAGGUCAUCAGUGGUUAAAAUAUAAUUUAGAUUAUACACCAAAUUCUGGUUGGGCUAUCGAUCCAUUUGGUCUUUCUCCAACUAUGCCAUAUCUUUUAAAAAAAGCAGGAUUGGAAAAUGUUCUAAUACAACGAGUCCAUUAUUCUGUUAAAAAAAGAUUAGCUAAGCAAAAACAACUAGAAUUUCGUUGGAGGCAGUUAUGGGAUAAUGAUGGAUCAACAGAAAUCUUUACACAUGUAAUGCCAUUUUAUAGCUAUGAUGUGCCACACACUUGUGGUCCAGAUCCAAAAAUAUGUUGUCAAUUUGACUUUUAUAGACUACAAAAUUUUGGACUCAGUUGUCCAUGGAAAAUAGCUCCAAAAGUUAUAACUGAUUUAAAUGUUGCAGAAAGAGCUGCUCUUUUACUGGAUCAGUAUCGUAAGAAAGCUCAACUUUUUAAGACAGAUGUGGUGUUAGCACCACUAGGAGAUGAUUUUAGAUACACUCAUUUUACUGAAUGGGAUGCUCAGUAUAAAAAUUAUCGAAAACUUUUUGACUAUAUGAAUGAGAAUCAACAAAUGAACGUUCAAAUUAAAUUCGGAACGUUAAGCGAUUAUUUUGAUGCUAUUAGAGAGAAACAUAAUUUAAAUGAAUUUCCUACUUUAUCUGGAGAUUUUUUCACAUAUUCUGAUAGAGAUGAUCAUUAUUGGAGUGGAUAUUAUACAUCAAGGCCUUUCCACAAACGAUUAGAUCGUGUAUUAUUGAGUUUAUUGAGAGCAUCAGAAAUAUUAACCACCAUUGCUUGGACCAAAGGUAAUGACAAUUUGGUGGAAGGUUCUCUUGCACAACGCUUGAGCAAAGCAAGAAUGUCACAUUCUUUGUUUCAACAUCAUGAUGGUAUUACUGGAACUGCAAGAGAUGAAGUUGUUAUAGAUUAUGCUAAAAAGAUGAUAAUGGCCUUAAACAAUUCUGCUCAUGUACUUCAACAAUCCAUGAUACAUUUAUUGAAAACUCCUCAAGAAUCUAGUAUUGAUGCAGAUGCUGUAUAUAUUUCACUUGAUGAAUCUAGAUUGCGUCAUACCAGUGCCGGAGACAAGCAUGUACUUAUAUUAGGACAUGAGAAUCCUCUAAAACAGAUUAUUUUAUACAAUUCUCUUCCGAGACAAAGAACAAAAAUACAGACACUAGUUGUGUCCACUCCAUUUGUUCGAGUUACCGAUCGUAUGGGCCAACCAGUACAAUGUCAAAUUUCUCCAAUUUGGAUUGGUCCUGCUGCAUUAACGGUUGCCAGAUAUGAAUUAUCGUUUUUAGUUACGGUAUCUGGAUUUGGUAUUACAACAUAUAUAAUUCACGCUUUACCUGAAUCAUCAUAUCGAGAGGACGUGCAUUUUGCAAACGUAACUGUUUUUAAUACAGAUAUACACCUUCCAAAAAUACCAGGUUUCAAUCAAAUUCAAAUAAUACCAAACGCGCAAGAAUUUUCGAUCACACAGCGGCCAGAAUUGUCUGCAUCUUUUGGAAAAUCAGGUCUUCUGAAAGCUUUGAGAGUCGGUAACACGACAGUUCCUGUUCAUUUGGAAUUUGUUAAAUAUGGUACCAGAGGCUCUGGUAAAGAUAAAAGUGGAGCAUAUUUAUUUCUACCCGAUAAACCAGAACCGGAUUUGGUGUUCAUGGAUAACAAAUGUAUUAUACACUUUAUAAGUGGACCUAUUGUAUCUAAAGUAUUUGUAGAACUAGCACACGUACGUCAUACUUGUAUAUUAUACAAUUCUCCUGGUGGUGAUGGGCUUGGUUUACAUAUAUUUAAUGAAAUUAAUAUAUCAGAAACACAAAAUUAUGAACUUGCUAUGAGAUUAAGCACGGAUAUAGCUUCGGGAGAUCAAUUUUUUACGGAUCUAAAUGGUCUUAACAUGAUUAAGCGUCAAAGAUUUCCAAAACUUCCUAUACAAGGAAACUAUUAUCCAAUGGCUGCAAGUGCAUACAUAGAAGAUAAGAAAGUUAGAUUAACAGUGGUAACAGCACAACCAUUAGGUGUAAGUUCUAUGGCAUCUGGGCAAAUUGAGAUUAUGCAAGAUAGAAGACUACUUCAAGAUGAUAACAGAGGGCUUGGUCAAGGUAUAACUGACAACUUGUUAACAAAUCAUUUAUUUAUGUUCGUUCUCGAAAACAGAAAGCCUUUUUGUACAUUUUCAACACCUCCGACAAAUCACCCAUCUGGACUAUUAUCAUUGUAUGGUCAUUUAGCAUCAGAAGAACUAUUACACCCAAUAAUUGCAAUGCAUCCAUAUGAUUCUUUACCUUUUAAUUUAAAUGCACAUUUCUCACCACUUCGUUACGACUUUCCUGCAGAUUUAAGUGUCGUUAGCUUUCGAGUAUUUCCUAUUCCUGAAGGAGCUGGUAAAGGUAUUGGAAUGGUAUUACAUCAAACAGCUUUAGAUAUGUGUUGGAACGACAAUUCUUAUUUACGCUAUUUUAAUAUUUCUGAGUCCGUAGAAGUUGAUUUAACAAAGUUCCUUAAUUAUAUAGAUGACUGGGUUAUUAGUAAAGCACCUCUCACAUUCCAUAAUGUAGGGCCAUCAUUGAAAUCACCUAUUGUUAACUUAUGUCCACACCAAAUACUACCAAUCUUAUUUCAUAAAACACAAUCUUAAGAU